AUGGCACCAAACGAUCCCAUCGCGAACCAUCUUCAGACGGCGGCCAUGACAGAUGAGCAAGCGCGACAUUCCUACGAAGCGGCAGCGGUCACAAUCGAAGUGCAGUACCGUAAUGCGAUGCUCGAGGCGCAGAAGAUCGAACCGAAUCCGCUGCUCGAGUUCCAGAUACGCUUGAUUGACCGAGAUUACCAGCUACAAAAGAUUCGGCUGGAUCUGGAGAGGCGACUAGAUCCCACGGCGAGGAAGAGCAGCGGGGUCAGGAAGGCGAGGUUGUAG